CCUGGCCUGUGGGCUAUGUAUGACGUCACAGUAAAAUCAAGCAUGAAAGAAAUGCUGUUCUGAUUCUAAUUCUGACACUAGCACUGCACUUGAGUCAAGUACUGAGUCAAGUACUGUACUGAGAUCGAGAGUUUAUAAAAAUGAGUAAGAGUGAAGUAGAACUAGAAGUGUGUAAAGAUGAGGACAGUGUCCAAUCCAUGGCCAUGGACAUCUCUCCCCCCUCACAAGAGCUCUCAAUGGAUGAGAUACGUAGACGAAGGCUUGAUCGUCUCAACAACCUCCCCCUGCGGUCUCAGACCACACCCACCCAGUUCCAGACCUCACCUAUUAAGCCCACCCCCUCCUCGAGCAGUGUACCAGACAUCAGACUCUCCCCUGCCGGCAGGGAGGCCAGUGUUCCCAUGGAGCUGGACACACCCACCUCUGUCCCCUCAAAACCAGGUACAAAGAGGACGUACACUGGUGAGCUGGCUGCUUCCCCUCUGUCCCCCGGUGAUAUCCAAGGCAAUAGCAUGCACUACACUAUCGGCCAGGUCUUAAGAGUAAACUAUAUGAGAGCUCCACCCACUUCCCUCGGCCAGUACACACUGCUCCCUGAUCUGGCGUCGCGAACAGAAGAUGACUCCACCCAAUUCGACCUUUCUGACCUCCUCUCUCAAGUGCUAAUGGAGAGACUCGCUCUCUUUACAGAGUCCAUAUCUCAACCUCUCCGCACCUCCUCUGAUCCCGGGCCCUCUAGAACCACACACACACUCACUGCAACAGACCAAAUGGUACAGUAUCUCAUAGACUCUUAUGAGAGGGUUCUCACAGAGGAGAAGUCUUCCAAGAGAGGAGUUAAUAGAAAGAUGACGUUGCUGGCAUGCAAAGAGGCGUGCAUCAGCCAUUGCUGUCUAGUGCUGUCUGGUUAUCUUGUGUCAUCAGACGAUAGCACCAACUCAGAGAAAAGUUUUAAGCCUCCUCCUUCCAUUUUGCUGCGGCGACUGCUGUACAAGGAGCACAAAUGUCGCCCUCUGCCCCCCGGGUUUCUUACCGAUCUGGUCCUCCAUUGUCACAGGGAGAGCAGCGAUGAAGAGAGCAUUCUAGAGACAGUGUUCCAACCGCUACUGUUUGGAGUGAGGGAUGCUGUCUCUGCAGCCUCUGUUCUCGAUGACAAGAUCAUGGAGGGAUACUUUGUGCUCUCUGAACUGUGCGACAUCAAGGAGGGAACGACCAAUGGUAGACCAAUCUGUCAAAUGUUGGUGAAUGACAGUAGAUGGCUUCCUGGUUCACUGUCUGGUUCCAAGGCCAUGGUCAGCAUAUUCUUGGGCCCUUUCCUAGCUCUCAGCGGAUUGGCCGAUGAGUCUGUAUCGAUACAUAAACACUAUUACCGUAGCAACAGUGAGGAGGAUAAUAUCGGGGGGACCAUACAACAAAGACUUAAUAUUUGUCGGCACGAGCUGUUUAAGAUCAUCCACAGUGUUCUGAGGUGCCCGGAUAUCAGGACCAGUGCUCUAACCUUCGUUCAGCAGAUGAUUGCCAUCAAUGCUCACAAGACCAAGCUACAUAUUGAUGUCCGCCAUUUCUCCUCUGACUCCACAAUGGCCAACCUCCUCUCUGUGCUUCUACAACUCAGUGUUAAAGUCAAGCUAAGCACAGUGGACCCCCUCUAUCUGUUCAACCCUAAUAGUAGACUAUUCAUAGACAAAGAAACACGUUUGAACUUCUCCUCCAAAGACUUGGAGGCCAAACAAAAAGAAUUGGUCAGCCAAGAACACUUUAACUCAGUCGCCAAGUUCCCUACGGAAUGCUUCUUCUUGACAGCACACUGUAUCUACAUCACAUGGACCUCUUUCUAUCGACGCUAUAGACAAGGCUUCCACGAGAUCAGGCACUUCAGAGCAGCUAUCACUCAACUGGAGAGGUCCAAGAAAGGGAAAAUGUUGGUCCAGUACACUGAGCGUCUUCGUAAGGCCGAGGUCAACCAUCGCAGUGCCACCACCAUCGUGCUAGACCCUGACCUCUUGCAACAGAGUAUGCAGUUCUUCUGCUUCCAGGCUGAGUGGCUCUACAUGCAGGCCAUGGGACUACAGGGAAGCUCCCCCGUCCCCCCAGAGGAGGUGCGGUUUCAGCUAGCUGCUGUGCCCGAGUUCUUCUUUGAGUCCAUUGCCGAGUUUGUUCUCUUUUGUAGCAGGUUCUCUUCACGCAGUCUAGAGGACCCUGGGUUUGUGAACGUCGUCUCCCUGGUGAUUCUGCUCAUCUGUAACCAGCACUACAUCCAGAAUCCCUAUCUCGUCACAAAGCUCAUCGAAGUGAUAUUUGUGAUGACCCCUGGCAUUCAGGAGAGGGAGCAUCAGCUGUUGGACAUGUUCCUCUCCCACCCUCUGGCAGGAGACCAAUUCUCCAGGGCACUCAUGAAAUCCUACAUCGAGUGUGAGAGAAUGGGUGGUUCCAAUGAGUUUUACGACAAGUUCAGUGUCCGCUAUCACAUCUCAGUCAUCCUCAAACAGCUGUGGGAGCACCCCGCCCACAGACUGCACAUUAUUGCCGAGUCAACAAACACUCGGGACGAUGCUGGGUUUAUUAGAUUUGUCAACAUGCUCAUUAACGACACGACGUUUCUACUGGACGAGAGUUUAGACGCCCUCAAAGCCAUCCACGAUACCCAGGAGGCCAUGAAGGACACCGACACCUGGCAGAGUCAGCCACAGGAACUACAAGACUCUCGUCUUCACCAGCUGUCUGAGGAUGAGCGUCAGUGUCGCUCCUACCUUACUCUAGCCACACAGACAGUGUCCACCUUCCAUUACCUCACCAAGGAUAUCAAGGAGCCAUUCUUGAGACCAGAGAUGGCCGUCAGAGUUGCUUCAAUGCUCAACUUCAACUUGCAGCAGCUCUGCGGACCCAAGUGCAGGGACCUCAAGGUCAACGACCCUGCCAAGUAUGGCUUCUCCCCUAAGGACAUGCUCGGUAUGCUGACAGACAUCUACCUACACCUGGCAGGGGACGCUCUGGCCAGAGCCGUGGUAGCUGAUGAGCGCUCAUAUCGCAAGGAGCUCUUCGAUGACUGUGUACGAUUGCUGCACAAGAACAACAUCAAGACCAAUGACAGCAUAUCCCAGCUGGUGGAGUUUGCUAGUCAUGUGCAGAGUGUGGCCAUAGCAGCCAUGAAGGAGGACAUGACCUUUGGAGAGAUCCCUGAAGAAUUCAAAGACCCUCUGAUGGACACCCUGAUGGCUGACCCUGUCCAACUGCCCAGUGGUGUGAUCAUCGACCGCCCUGUCAUUAUACGCCACCUCCUCAGCUCAAAUCAAGACCCCUUCAAUAGACAACAGCUCACCGUGGACAUGUUAGAGCCGGCUAGGGAACUCAAAGCUAGAAUAGAAGAAUGGAAACGUCAGAGAGCAUCUAAUACAUGAUACUGUUAUGUUGCACGUCAUGUGAUUCAUCAUGUAUGUUAUUAUUGUACGUAUUUCAUGCGCUAUGCUGCUAUCUUGUAUGUUCCUGGUGGAAUAAUUAAUUUGAUUAGGAGAACCCUG